AUGGCUUCUUCAGCAACAACAACAACACUUUUCCAAUCUUCACCUUUCUCUCUCAACACCAAACCCAAACCCUAUUCUCUCCCCAAAUCAAAACCCUCCAAUUUCACCCUCAAAUCCCAAUCUCAACCACAACCCAUCACUCACAACAGCAACAACAACAACCCUCCCCCCGCCACCGCAACUCCACCGCACUCUUCCUCCAAACACCGCCGCCCCGCCGACGAAAACAUCCGCGACGAAGCCCGUCGCAUAAACGUCUCCCAACAUCUCUUCUCCGCCAAAUACGUCCCUUUCAACGCCGAUCCGUCUUCCACCGAAUCCUACUCCCUCGACGAGAUCGUUUACCGAUCCCAAUCCGGCGGCCUCCUCGACGUCCAACACGACCUCGACGCUCUCAAGAAGUUCGAUGGCGCGUACUGGCGUAACCUCUUCGAUUCACGUGUCGGGAAAACUACAUGGCCUUAUGGUUCCGGUGUAUGGAGCAAGAAGGAAUGGGUUUUACCCGAGAUCGAUGACGAUGACAUCAUUAGCGCUUUUGAAGGUAACUCCAAUCUUUUCUGGGCUGAGCGUUUUGGCAAACAGUUUCUAGGCAUGAAUGAUUUGUGGGUUAAGAAUUGCGGUACUAGUCAUACUGGUAGUUUCAAGGAUUUGGGUAUGACUGUUCUUGUUAGCCAGGUUAACCGUCUCAGGAAAAUGAACCGUCCUGUUGUGGGUGUUGGUUGUGCUUCUACUGGCGAUACUUCCGCUGCUUUGUCUGCUUAUUGUGCGUCUGCUGGGAUUCCUUCCAUUGUUUUCCUGCCUGCUAAUAGAAUAUCUAUUGCUCAGUUGGUUCAGCCGAUUGCCAAUGGUGCUUUUGUUCUUAGCAUUGAUACUGAUUUUGAUGGCUGUAUGCAGUUGAUUCGUGAAGUCACUGCUGAGUUGCCCAUUUAUUUGGCUAAUUCUCUUAACAGUUUGAGGCUUGAAGGACAGAAAACUGCUGCUAUUGAGAUUUUGCAGCAGUUUGAUUGGCAGGUGCCUGAUUGGGUUAUUGUGCCUGGUGGAAAUCUUGGGAAUAUUUAUGCUUUUUAUAAAGGGUUUCAAAUGUGUAAAGAGUUAGGUCUUGUGGAUAGGGUUCCAAGGCUUGUUUGUGCUCAAGCUGCGAAUGCCAAUCCUUUGUAUUUGUAUUUUAAGUCGGGUUGGAAAGAGUUUAAGGCGGUUAGAGCACAGACUACUUUUGCGUCUGCUAUUCAGAUUGGUGAUCCUGUUUCUAUUGAUAGAGCUGUUCAUGCUUUGAAGAACUGUAAUGGUAUUGUUGAGGAAGCUACUGAGGAGGAAUUGAUGGAUGCUAUGGCUCAGGCUGAUUCGACCGGAAUGUUUACUUGUCCCCACACUGGUGUUGCUUUGACUGCUUUGUUUAAACUCAGGAAUAGUGGUGUUAUUAAGCCUACUGAUAGGACUGUUGUGGUCAAGGCUGAUUUUGGGUCUGUUAUGGAUGUUUUGUCCAAGUAUUUGCAGAGCAAGGCACCCAAGUAUCAUUAG